UAUCCACAAAUUUAAGUGUAAUUCAUUUCAAACUAUAUUUAAAACAAAGCAAUGUGCUUUUUAUUGCGGCUGAUCAAAUAAUCAUUCAUGCUCUACUGUUCAGAUUUCAUUCAUUGACAGGCAGUCGUCCGUCAGGUACGGUAUAGUCUGUAAAUUGAAUUCCAAUUUCUUUCAGUCUUUUAUAAGAAGUGAAAUGGCAGUCAUCUUGGUAAUUAUGUUUACGUGCCUUGUUCAUUGGAGUGAACCACUGAACCAAUUAACAUCCGAAUCAGUCUGGCACCCUUCUACUUUGCACAGGUUUACUAGACCCCCAGUUUUAACUCGUCCGGCUCCACUCAUUUACGGAUCGCAAAGUCGUUCCGCUAUUUUCUAUAGUCCCCUACAACAACAAAGACCCCUACAGCAACAAAGACCCCUACAACAACAAAGUCAUUUACAAACCAAAGCGGUUGUCUUCCCACUGGUCACCACAACACCAGCAGCACAAUUUACUAAUUCUUGGAAUGUAGUAUCAAGUCGACCUAGAAUAGCUUCCAAUUCUCCAGAAAUAAUUUCAAGUCCUGUAAGAAUCACUUCGAAUCCAGUAAUUUCAUCCUCGACUUCGUCCAACAUUAUCUCGAAUUCACCACUGAUAGUAUCCAACUCAAAUAUCCUUUUGAAUUUGUGGAGUGUUCUCUUGAAUUCGACGAUUUUACCCGUUGGUUACUCGAAUGUUCUUUCCAAUUACUCAAUAAUAUCUUCCGAUUUGCCUAUCGUACCUUCGCAAAAUACGUCCUCUUCCUCAAUUGUGCUCUUAAAGUCAUCAGAUGUGUUACUGGACACGUCUGAAAGUAUUAUUUCGAAUGCUUCAACUGUUAUCUCUAAUCCUUCAAAUAUCAUCUCUAAUUCUUCAAAUGUCAUCACUAAUUCUUCAAGUGUUAUCACUAAUUCUUCAAAUGCAAUCACUGAUUCUUCAAAUGUAAUCACUAAUUCGUCGGCCCUGGAAUUACCCUCAGUUCAAUUCUGUAAUCCCAUGGCAUCACCACCGUGUGUCGACUCAAAAUUUGGCUUCUGCAUUAAUGAUGAUGAGUACCCUCUCGAAGAUGUCGAGGUGGCCACCGAGUUUUCGAAAUUGGCGGACCAGUUUAGUUACAAAUUAACUUUAGAAGAAGACGAAAAACCAAGCCAAGUUAACAACACCAACGACGACGACUUGAUUCAAGACAACACCUGCCUCUCCAUUACUGUAACGAUCAAGCCCCUUCGAGCCCGCAACAUCGAAGGAGACUGGCGUGUCAUCGUCCAGGACGUCAAAGACAUAAUCCAGCGUCAACAAGUGACCAUUUGUUCCAGUCCAGACGUCGGCUGUUCAAAUCCCGACCACUUUAGCCGAGUCUUUUGCUUCAACGGCAGGUGUAACCAGAAAUACGUCGUCCAGAAAUUUCUCGCCUACGAUCCGUGCAACCCGGAUCGCGAUGUCUUUGUCGACUCUUUCAAAAUGCAGUCGGAAUGCAAUUGCCGCAUUCUACGCUCCCCUUGCCCUGUGUAUAGAUAUGAUGCUUGACCGCCUUUUUAACUGAAAUUGCAUCAUACACACUUGAACGAA